CUUUAAGUAGGCAGGGUGGGGUUAGGUGCGCGUGCGCGGUUUUAAUACUCCUCCCAAACUGCCAACUCUUCGCGCAGGCGAGUUAGGCUCGCUUUGCCUAGGUUUACGCGUGCGCCCUAACGGGCUUGGCCCCGGAAGACCAGACGUUAGCGCAGCGGGAACUGCGGUGACAGUCCUCCGGGUGGGGCGCGAGCUAGUCAUGGCGGAGUCUUGGUCUGGGCAGUCCUUGCAGGCUCUGCCGGCCACGGUGCUGGGCGCUCUGGGUGCCCUGGGCAGCGAGUUCCUGCGGGAGUGGGAGGCGCAGGACAUGCGAGUGACCCUCUUCAAGCUGCUGUUGCUGUGGUUGGUGUUAAGUCUCCUGGGCAUCCAGCUGGCUUGGGGGUUCUACGGGAGCACGGUGACCGGGCUGUAUCACCGCCCAGGUCUGGGCGGCCAGAACGGAUCCACACCUGAUGGCUCCACGCAUUUCCCUUCGUGGGAAACAGCAGCAAAUGAACCUCUCAAAACUCACAGAGAAUAAGGGAAAGCAGCAGAGGGGUCUCCAAGGACAUCAUUGGGUCUGCUGGGUCCCACACUGGGUUCUACUGCUGCCCAGAUCCCAGGGAUGACUGCAGGGGGGUCAGGGUUGGGGGGCAGAGAGCAACCCAGUGCUGGUGGGGUUGGGCCUCCACUGCCCUUGGCCUUUCGUCCAGCAGCCCCAGGCACUGGGCCAGUAAAGAGUUUGCCUCUACCCUGA